AUGGACAUCGAGACCAACCUCGCCGCCACCGCUGCGGCACGUAAAGAGCGCCUCAUCGCACUGAGGAAACGCAAGGCGAACCACGACGCCGGCGGUUCCACCAGCGGCACGUUUACCUUCAAGCAGCGCAACUUCGACCCCGAGACGCGCCAGGCUCGCGUGCGCGUUGCCGGCGAGGCCGAGGAGAACACUGUCGAGAAGGAGGUCGAGGGCCUUGCAGAGGCCAUUGUCGCCGAGGACGAGGAGCGCCGCGCCGAGGAGCUGGACCUGUUCAACAUCCAGCCCAAGCGCCCGAAUUGGGACCUCAAGCGCGACAUGAACGUGCGCAUGGGCAAGCUGGAGCGUAAAACAAACGAGGCGAUCGCGACCAUCUUCCGCCAACGGUUGCAAGCGAUGCGAAAGGACAAGGGCGGGCAGGUCGACCUUGUGGCCAGCAUCAACGCUGCCGAGCACGAGCGCGACGCUGUCGGCGGCGGCGAGGCGAGCGACGACGAGUAG